AUGGAUAACGACAGUGGGGGAAAAAUUCCCGUUUCGUCUCAAAACCAAGAGAGUGACUCAAGCAUAAAAUACACGAUACCGGGUAUUUUACACUUUAUUCAACAUGAAUGGGCUAGAUUUGAGAUGGAUCGCGCUCACUGGGAUGUGGAAAAGGCAGAAUUGCAGGUAAUAUAUAUAAUUUACUGUCAUUUCAGAAGCCUUUGAAUGUUAAAUCUUCUUUACAACUGUAUAAAAUACCCUGGUACGCUAUACAAUCUAUGUUUGUGGCGUUUUAAGGGGGAAUUGUUGUAAACUUAACCUCCUCCUUUUGAUCAUAAAUUACCCUUCGCCUAGCUUUUCGUUGUUGACCUGAUCUUUGGAGUGUUUUGGUCCAACGUAAAGUUACUUGCGAAGUAUCAUCUUGAUAGAAUACUUGGAAAAAGGUCCUCCAGAAACUCGUCUUUUGUAUGUGAAAGCAUUAAGCCUUGUUGUCUCUUUUCGUGUAAAUGUAUCGUCGUAAAGCCGAUGAAUUACAAUCGUGCGUAUCUUUCACUAAUGCAAGCUUGAUGUUCAAUUCAUGAUAUGCAGAAAUCUUGAUAUAUAUUGGUUCUUUAUAGUUCUCAAACGAUGACCCAUUUUGCGAGUUUCAAAAUAGUUUUUCUUUGUUCUGGUGUAAUGUUCUCAUUUAAGAUCGAAGAAGACGAAGUCAUGGUGUUUUUAUUUUGAGUCCAAUUUAAUUUCAAAUGCAUUGGUUUAAGAUUCAGGCUUAUAUGGCGUGCUCUUUCGCUAAUUGAAUUUUCCUUAAAUCUUUUUUCUUUGGCUCACAGUAGCUUUAAACGACAAACUAAGAUUUCUACCUGAAAAAAGCAAAUGUCAAUCUAUUUAUAUAUGUCUAUAUUAAACAAAAUAUUCCUUGAUGAUGCACAGUAAUAUUUGGAGUUGGUUUAUAUUAUGGUGUAAAGUCAGCUGUGGUGUCAGAUAAAGCUGUACAGUGUAGUAAGGGAUAAUCUCAUUUCUUUUAAGCAAAACUCAAUUGCACUAUUAAACCCCUCUUAGCUUGUUGACAAGUUAAAUGUCAAGUCUGUUGUUUGGCUUGUUCUCUCUUUUGAAAAAUAGCAGUGUCCUGAAACAGUUAUUUUAUAGUCUGAAAUAUUGUUGUCUGAGUAGUGUUGUUUACUAAUGAAAUUUAGUAAACAAGCUCCAUUGAACAGAUUAUUAUGUGUUUAUGGCGAAUGAAAUCAAGCACAGUGCUUUAGCUGACUUUUAUUGUAUCCCUUGACUUCUUAGUAAAAGUUAUGAUAGAAUUAAUAAUUCAGCGUCCAGUGGUUUAUUAAUAAAAUCAUGAUCAGAGAUUUUAAAAUCACUGAGGACCAAUUUGAGUUCCUUUUCUUUAUUUCCAAGGGAUCUUAAUAAUUUAAUGUACUUUUUUGAAAUCAUGAACAGUAAGUUAUAAUUGGGCUAACAGUUAAUAUUGUAGGUAAAAACAAAAAUACCAUUGUAAUGAAAAAGGUGAUAAUUACUAUCUAUAUUGAAUAUUAUGGACAUUGAGCUUGCAAAUUUAAAACUAGUGUAAUCGACUUAAAAAGUCCCAUCCGCCUUUUUUUCUGGGACAAGCAUGUUCUUUUCCUUCAUAAAGCCAUAUCAAGGAAUUUGUUAUUUCUGACAGAAGGAAUAAUUGAUCUAUAGUAGGGGCUAUUACAUGUCUGCUAUUGUAAGUCUAUUGUGAUGACAUUGUGUAGUCUAAGGUCCUUAAAAUCAAAGAUUCUGUCAUAAGGAAGAAAACUUGCUCAGGUGAAGAGCAGUCUUCAUCUGUAGUCUUUAUUCAUAAAGAUGGUUUUUUUUACACACUCCCAAAGGUGUACAGCUGUAGCGUGCCCUUAGGAAAGAAAAUAUUUAAAGAAACCAUGUUCCCUCAAAAAAGGAUCUGGAGGUUUCAAACUUCACAGGUCCACUCCAGUCCUAUUGUACAGCAUGCCAUUUCUCCUGGUAUGUCCACUUUAGUAGGUAAUAAUGGUAUGUGAUUAAUUCAUUAUAGGAAAAAAACUUGAAACAAAUAUGAUACAUGCUCUUUUAGAUGAAAGUGGCAGACAAAUCUGUAGGGUGCAUGUACAUUAAUUUUUAUCUGAUUACGGUGAACCCAUUGUUUUUGACAAUCUAAUUAUUGCCUGUGAUCAAUGAAAUCUUGACUGAUUCCUGAAACUAAUUAACAGACUUCAAUGAUGUACAUCUCAACAUGUAGAUAUUCCAUACUCCAAUAAUAGUAACCAUUAAUAAUGCUUCUCCUCUGACACAUCAUUGAGUCUAAAAUAAAUACCUUGAGAAGAAGCAUGUUGAUGACUCCAAAUUAUUUUACAUUGCUGAGGAAAGCUGUUGAUGUUACAGUGUCUGUGAAUAUGACCAUGCCAUAGGGCUGUAGAGUUUGUACUAAACAUGUGGAUACCAUUAUCUUAUUUUCAGGCACGUAUUGCAUUUCUUCAAGGGGAGAGGAAAGGACAGGAGAAACUCAAACAUGAUUUGAUUAGAAGAAUUAAGAUGCUGGAGUAUGCUCUCAAACAGGAAAGGUAUUGUAAAGUUUGCAGUGCUUCAAGCUGCAAGCAUUUUGGCCAUCCAGCUGAGUAGAAAUAAUUUUGGGUAACUAACAUUGCUGUAAAGUUACCAAUUUGGCCAUCUGUGUUCAGUGGUCGUCUGCCAAGCUUUUAAAAAAGUGCUUUUAAUGCUUUUUGGUGCUUUUAGUGCUUUUUAUGGUCUUUUUACAGCUCAAUUGGGAUUUAUAACUCAGGGCUUGAAGAAAGUCUGGCCCGGUAGUCUGGGACAAGAACAUUUUCUUAUUGGUCAAUUAACUUUUAAAGCUUACUUGCCCCACGACUUGUUAUCCUCCAACAAAAUCAUUAACUGAGACCAGCAGGAAGUGGCCCUGGGAAAGCAAUUUGAGAAAGCUGCUUGCCCACUGGACAUUAAGCUGGAAUUCAAAUAGUUUGUGAGCCCUAAUAAAUGUUUGCAUGAAACAUUAUUAAGUGCUCCAUUUUCUUGAAAAUUUAUCUACUUUCUCUUUGUUAUCCAGGUUUAAAGCCCUGAGAUAUCACAUUAACACUCAAAUUCCAUGGGAAUAGUUGGGCUGCUGUUCUCAUUAUUUCAAACCAUUCAUGUAAUAUUGCAUCAACUGUCACUCCUUUUUUUGUGGCCUCCAAUAUUUUAUGUCUGGCAACCAUUUUAUAAUAUUAGGUUGCAUAAAGGCAGCUUUAAAGAAAGUUGAGUUUGGGGCACAGCUUGUUUUGUUUCUUUCUCUCACAGUCAUAGUUCCACAUGCUGUAAGAUCUAUGUAUCAAACCCUUUGAUUAAGGCACCUCUCUAUAAAGGGCAGCUCAUUUGGUCCCAAAGAUACUGUUCUCAUACAAUUCCAUAAUAUUUCUUCUCCUGUAAUACACUGUACAUACUCUGGCUGCCAUGUCUCUUUGGUAUUCAUAUUAGGUAGGCUUUGCUGUUACAUCUAAUAGUAUCUUAAAAUCAAGCUGUGGCUACUGUGGUCACCAUGAAAGAUAAAAACAUUAUUUGUACAAUGAUAUAAAGAAUGAUGGAAAAUUUUAAGCUCAGUAAAGAAAUGAGGAAAGAUGUAAUCAACAUGUCAUGAAUGUGGGACAAAAAAAAAUCUGUGUCCCUGAUAUGAAUUUGAGCCUAUGACCUUCCACACGCUGGUUGAAUGCUCUAACCACUGAGUUACAUACAUGUAGGCUAGGCCAUACUCAGAAUUUUUCUGCACUCGUGACAUGUUAAUAUUACUUUCUUUUCUCAUAAGGUAUAUUGUUUGUAUUUUGUUCAUAAUCAUGUAAUUUUUACUUCCUUGUUACAGGGCAAAAUAUCAUAGAUUAAAGUAUGGGACAGAUUUGUCGCCAGAAAAAGUAAACAAGGAAGAAGAAAUAGUAAACCAGGAGCCUUGCCAUGAUGCAAAUACCAAUAACAGUAAACAAGGAGUCAACUGGCGACAGGGGCGUCAACUUUUGCGGCAGUAAGUUUAGUCCUUGAUUUUUGCAUCCUGUAUUUCCUUAAAUACUGUAUGCACCCAUGCUCUAAUUAAGAAGCAUCCUCCCCCACAUAAGCACCCAAAUAUUGAAUAAGUGCUUCGUUUAAAUAAGCACCCCUCCCCUCCCCCAUCACUUUCUACAUGUAUGAUGGUAUUAUAAGGAAAACCUGUUUCUAUGUAUUGCCACUUAUUGAUAACUCUGUGUGUGAAAACUGUAAUGGGACUAAGGUAUGCUUAAUUACUAACUGGAGAACUUAAUAAGCUAUCCCCUUGAUUAAGGGCCCUCCUUAAAAUUAGCACCCUAGCCAAGAUUUUAAAUAAGCACCCUGGAUGCUUAUUCAAGGAAAUACAGUAUUUAGUAAAAGAGACUGAUUUUUAAAGCUGGUGAAAAUCAGAGACGAAGGCAAAUGUGAUGCAGUUUGUACAAGGAGCUUUCAUUUAGUCCAGGGUUGGUAAUGGUUUUAUCAACUUGUUAUUGUCUAUUGUGCACAGUGCCAAAAAAAUUCACAAUAACGUUUAAAUAACCAUGACCACAUGGCUAGUGCAUUUGGCUAUCAGGCUAGUGAAUUUGAUUUAUACAGGUGUAUUUGGUUGAGCAAGCAAAGAUUUUUAGGGGAAUUCAAGUUACAGAUGAACUGUGAUCAAUCUUGUUUAGAAAAAGUUCACCAGACGUUUGUGGGAAAGAAACCUGUGACAAAGCCCUGAGAACAUCUGCAUGGGAGGGGAGGCUAGGGUUGAUAUGAUUAUUAGUGUUUGACGUUACCUUGUUUUUCCAGGUAUCUUCAAGAGGUUGGGUACACAGACACUAUUUUAGAUGUGCGCUCAUCACGUGUAAGGUCUAUUCUUGGCCUCUCAGUGGCAGAUUCUACUCCUGACCAUCCUCAUACUAAUGGAAUUUCUGGUAAAGGUCGUGGAGAGGAGUUUGCAGUUAUCGACGAGAAUGCUCGGUCCCCUAAGAGAAUAGAAUCGAGUAGAAAACUUUCAGAAGAAGAAGAAGCUGAUGGUAUGAUUUCUAUACCCCCUGGAAAACGGUAAGAUGUUCCAUGUCAAAAAAAUACCUGUGCUAUUUAGAACCCUCCUCUCUUAACCCGUUUAAAUCCCAAGAUUGAUCAACGCUAGCUUUCUCCUGACAAUAUUUAUACAUCAUCAAGAGAGAAGGAAAAAUUCUUUGAUCGUUUAUCAAAUUGUGUUAACUAUUUCUGUAAGGAAAUGAAUGGAGAUCACUUUGGAAAAUUUCUAUUUGUGUGUUUGAAUAACAGUCAUAAUUAUGCUGAGCUAUGCUGCUGCAGGAUGGCACAGGUUCCGAGCAUUGGGUCCCCUUAUUUUUCUUAGAGCUUAACUUUGUAAUUAGGGAAACAAUCAGUCUUGAACUUGAUACCCCUUUUUGUAGCAGCGGGCAGGAUCAAUUAACUGUUAUUUUUAUCCCCCUCCCCUUUAUUGGCCAACCUCAUACAUGUAUCUCAUUUUCACAUUCUUUAACGAAGCAUAAAUUUUUCCUCAAGUUAAUGUCCUCAGUGAAUGACUUCUUUUUUCAUCUUUGGUCCUAUGGCUGGAAAGUUGAAGGAAAGCUCUGUGUAUGUGACAAAGCCCUUCUUUAACAGAAUUGUCAUUGCCUAGUUUCAAAACGAGAAGGACUGGUACGAGUCUGUGUAUUGUGGGAUACACAACAUGAGACCCACGUGGUCAGCAAGAGGAAAGCGAGAUUUGCAAAAUUCUUAAGUUUGGUGUUAAUCGGGCAUGUAGUGAAAAAGAUGCAGCUAUUUAAAAACUUGAAAAGUUACUAAGAGAUGUAUGGAUUGCCAGAUGCACUGUCUGGACGUCCAUGUAUUUCUUAGGAAAUUAUUAUUAGAGUUUUUACUGAAUGGCUGUAUCUCGAACUUUUCAAAUAUUAGGUUGUUGUUGUCUACCCCAAGAUUUUUCGAAUGAAUUUUCAAAUCCUUUGUCAUUUUAAAGAGCAAAAGGAAUCCUUGUGUGCAUUUUAAAUGCUGAGGGGCAUUCAGCACCCCUCAUCUAAUUUUCCAUUGAGCAUCUCUGUCACUACUCCAUGGGAUUCAUCCCCUCACAACACCUGGCUACAGUGAAGACCUUAUUUCUAGUCGCAUUCUCGAUUAAUCUGAAUCUCUUUUUUCCUGACUUAUUUAUCCAGGUCCAAAGAAUUGGGAUGAUCUCAUGUUCACGUUUUACUGUUCCAGAUUGCAUCUAAUUACAUCAGUAUGUGACACAGUGGUACAUGUAUUCUUUCAACAGGCCUCCAGUGCGACCAGGCAGUUCUAGAGAUGCUCCAUUAGAUGAUGAUUCUGAAACAGAAGCAUCAGUACUUGCAAACUUUGAUUUCCUCCAGAAUGAUGUAGAAGAUGAAGAAGAUAAUGAUGAUGAGUUAGACGAUGGAGGGAGUGCUGAUGAUGAAUCGGAGGAUCGAGAUGACAUGAGAGUGGGAAGAAGAUUUGCCAAGAGAGCGAAACCAGGUUAGUUACUGUAAAUUACAGUGUAGUGCCCUUGAAUUUUUUUGUGUUGAGAGUGGGCACUUGAAAUGGGGCACUUUUUGCAUUUUUAACUCAUUUGCUCCUGGAAAUUUGAAUAGCUUUUUUGGACAAAUGUAAUUUUUGUGAUCCCAUGUUAGUCUCUUUUUGUUUAUAAAUGCAUCUACCUUAGAAAGCCUUUUAACUAGGUCAUCCUAAAAUAAAUUAGCACAUUGAUUAACACAUUCCUUCCCCUUAAAGGCCCAUGUUCACCCUAGAUGCAUUGCGUGCCCUGUACUCCAGAAAAUACAUUUCGCGUAGUUGAAAAUCGCUGCCUUUAGUGUGUAAGGUCAAUCUUUGUUAAUCUUCUACAGUUCGCUAAAUCUGGUUUAACAGAAAGUCUCAACAAGUUCUUUUGGUAUUUUUCUUUACAUCUUCUUGGAUAUUUUGGAAUGAUAUCGAGCUUUUUUGUUUCUGUGAGAGUUUAUUUCACUGCAGCACUUUCGAUGGCGGCUCCAUCGAAACGAACGGUUGGAAGCAUGGUUGGAAGACUGCGUCGACGGGGGUCGCCGAAGUACAUUCGUCUCCGUGAAUCCGUUUUUUUUAAUCCCUGGAGAGAUGGGAAAGAAACUCUUGGCUGUAAAUUCUACAGACAGCGUGUUUGCCGAGUUCCUUCUACAUCGAAUGUUCAAUUGUAAACAAAUUAAAGGUCCCGUUGAAAUCAGUUGAAAGCAAAACAAGCGAGUCAAUCUAACAUGAACAAUGUUUUAUUUAAUAUAACCUAUGAAGCGAGUGAUAUCCUUAACGUAAACUUAUUGUCUGGCGUAUCACGAUUAAAUCCGGCUCUAAAGUAGCAAGAACUCUUAUUAGCAAACCAAUCCUUAGCAAAACCUAAAGAAAGUGUAAUACAGCGAUUACAGCGACAAGACCGUACGCAGUGCCGAUUCGACGCUUUGCAAACACAACUUCUCGCUUAUUCUUUCGAGCACACGUACCUAAGCUUCCUAAGAAUUAACACAAAAUAAUAGAUUGAGGAAUCAAAACAUUUCACAGUCAAAUCGGGCUUCAGAAAAACCUCACCUGGUGCUUAUUAGACGUUUCAUAAUUUAUGACCUUCAUUGUGUUCAUCGGACUCAACAAAGCAUCCAUAUGCAUUCACCACCAGUUUAAAUUUUGAACUGCUUUCUGCGGUGACAUUUAACCCUGGGCAUUUAACGAAGUCGGCGAUAUAUCUUCCUCCAUUUGAAAAAGAAUUCAAAGUCUUACUGGCCUCUCUGAUAAAAAGCUGCAAUUGUGACCCUAUUUGGGAAAAGCGGGCUUAACGAAAAUUGCGUUGAGCCGUUUUUUAUCGCAACGCAUUUGGAAACGUUGGAAUGCAUUGGCGAACAUUCUUAAUGCAUUUGAAAGCGUUGGCAAUGUUCUCCAACGGAACUAAGAAACGUUCAGUAUCGUUUCAAAAUCAUUUCAAAACAUUUGGAAAACGUUUUCGAACGUUGAAAAUGCAUUAAAUGGAACAUCAUUAAUUCGUUGCAACGGGAAACAUUCACCAAACAUGCUAACAUUGUCAACGACUGAGUUACAAAAGCUCCGAACUGUCAGGCAUCUCCUCACUCCAUCAUUCGACAAUUUAAAGCCACGGUCAUAAAUAAAGUGAUAAAACGUGUAAAACUUCACAGCAUGAGAAAUGUUCGAUCCGAGGAAUCAAUAAUUUGUUCCAUUUUCAGUUUUUAAGUCUGUGUUAUUAAAGAGGGCAAAAAAGAGGGGAAUUAAAUUUUAAAGAACUCGCGCGUUGUCGAAAGUGUUAUAGGUCUGAAUUUAUUUUAUGCUGUUCUUUCAGAUCUUUCAGUGUUAUGGCGGUGUGCAUGCUUGUGACUACCUUGUUUGAUAGCUCCCUGUAAAAUUAACAGAUAUCAGAUGCUUGAUAUGGUUCGCUGAUUUUAAGACUAAAUAUACCAAAUUUCUACCGGGAGAGUUGUACUAUUUACCGACUUUUCCUUCUUCCUGUGUUUCCCGUUUUCUUGCUCGGGGAUUCAACAAAUUCAACCAGUUCAGUCACGGAACGCCCUGGCAAACGCUAGACAUUGUAUCCUUUAAAAGCGAAAACCUGAAAACGUGACAUUCUUCACAAAAAAUUCAUGGUUUUUCUCUGUACCAGUCAGCUGUUAUGAAGAUGUCAAAAUUUAUGAUCACGAAUAUUUUCUGAUCAAAGCUUGUUGCGUGACACUACCGUCAUCACGGCUCAAGGGUUCGGAAAGGUCAACGCGGUAAUGUUUUCUGUAUUACUGUUUUGAUUUUUCACUGAUUCUUCAAUGGACUGCAAUGCUCGCAUGACUCGCUGGCUCUCAUUUUAUACACGUACAGCACACUUUUUGGCAGAUUUCUUUGCCAUCAUCGCUCGAUUAACGUUGUCAAGCAAGCGCGCAAUGUGGUCGUCACUUUUAAUCUCUAAAAUCUUCUGCGUGCGAUCGUCGCGACUUCAAUUUCGUCGGAAUUACUGAAGUACUAUUUUUCUUACCUUUGGUCUCGCUCUCUCCCAAUUUUUUCGUCUUGUAUCUUUUCCCCGAGGGAUUUUGGAGCCGGAACGGAUUAAUUUUGAAAGGGAUGUGAGAAUUAACCGACUGCAAGCAGUCUAGCACGCCGCUGACAAAGGUAGAAAAGGGCAAAUAAUUGGCAACCCCAAAAUUCUGUCAGCCAGCUACGUACAAAAAGAAAUGCACGACCUCAACAGUCAGCCUUACAGUUUUAAGAAACUUCUCAAAAACUUCUCUCCUUUAUUUCCAGAUUUGAAAGUCCAAGAAAGUAAUUUCAUGCUUUUCUCAAUUACCUCUUGACAUGUUACAACCUGAAACAACAUCAAGCACACGCAAUGUCACAAAGAUCAAAGUUCUAUGCAAAUUGAUUUGAACCGAUCGAGAACAAAAAGUAAAAGCCUUUGUUUUCCAUUGCGAAUUCAUGUCGUUAUUCCCGUUGAUAUUACUGUGAUAUGGAGGUAUCCUUACUGUUCCUGAAAAAAAGUUGUAUUUUCAAAGAAAGUUCUCAAGCGUAUCGAUGUCUAAUCAUCAGUGGCUUCAAUUAAUGGUAAUUUUUCGCAUCCUGGCUUGAACUUCAGGAACUAAUUUUAUCGAUUAAAAAAAACGUUUGGAAGCAUUGCCAAUGCAUUGAACAACGUUGGAAAAACAUUCUAAAACGUUGGAAAAACAUUUUAAAACGUUGAAAACAAUUGCCUGCGUUUGAAGGAAAACCUUGUAAAUGCGUUGAGAAUCAUUGGAAUCCGUUUCAAUGCAUUGUAACGCAUUCAAAAUGCGUUGAAAUGCUUUUCAACGCAAAUUUCAUUAAGCCCGGUUUUCCCAAAUAGGGUCACAAUUGUAGUCUCCCUCGCAGUCGUUUUUAGUAUCGUCACGCAACGCUCCUCACAGUGGAAGCCAAUCAAAACACUGCAUUUGACAAAAGAAUCGUUUCAAAACAAAACCACAAGCGCGCAAAGCCGUUUGGGUGAACAUGGGCCUUUAAACAAAAUUUCACUGAAAUUUAACCUGAUAACUUGAAAUCCCGCUAACUCAAACUGUUUUUCGUUUCCUGUCAGAGUUUGAGUUAGGAGGGUUCCACUGUAGUUUAAUGUCAAAAGUCAUUUGGGCUUUUUCCUGGCACUCCUGCAUCUACUGUAACAUAGUCAGGGCUUUCAAUAAGGGCGGGCAGCCGGCCAAAACUGCCGGCUAGUUAGCCAUCCUUAGCCAGCUACUUUCAUCUCCUUCUACCAUAACUGCUAACAAAAAAUAAGCACCAUCGAAUAAAAUUGUAAAGCAUCCAUUUCCUAGUUUUGAAUGCCAUUGACUGCAUAUAUUAAAAUGGGUUUAGAAGCGUGUGAUGUCAUGGAAUGCCCGGGACAUUUUGUUUACUGACGAAACAACAUGGCGUCCACGGUGGAAAAUACCUCUCAUAAAAAACCCCUGGAAAUACCAUUUCUGAGACUCAAAAUUUCAAAAUGUUCCUAGAUGCCUCAGCCCUUGACAACUUGUGCCUUUGGUGCGAGUUCCAAAGCCGCCUAAUCUUCAUUAUCAGCCUGCUACUUAAAAACUUUUUGACAGCCCUGAUUGUACGAAGUGAUUAAUUUUUUAGCAAUAUUUAUUUUAUUCUUUUUUAUGGCUUUUUUAAAUUAAGAUGUGAGCAAAGAUGCUGUCGAAGAAAUGUUAACUCCUGAUGAGGAAACAGCAGAUGCGCUUGCAGAAUUUGAUUUUGUGAUGGGUGAAGACUCUGGCUCAGAAACAGACGUAACAGUGAUUGAAAUGGAAGACAGUGGUGAUGUAGAUAUUCACAUGCCAGAGGAACCUACAACACAAGGUCUUUAUAAGAAUGUCUAUCAGAACCCCUUGUUAUAACCUGUAUCACAGAUUUACAUUCUAAUCUAACUCUGGAAAGCAACACAUAGAUCCUUGUUUUGAACUGCCAGCAGACUCAACAACUUACUGGAAGUACAUUUUGAAUUUCCCUUCAUCCUGAUUGGUAAAUUGACAAUGGGGUUUUAAACAGGCUAAUCAUGGUGCGUGCUCAAAUCCUUGUACACAGGUGGGGACUCAGAACAAGGAUUUCAGCACUGACUUAACCAGAGGUUUACUUUUGUCUGUGGCCAGGCUACUUCAUUAAAAAGUGCAUAUUUUUCUUCACUCCUUGCUAAUACCAACUGGAUCGUUUACUCCUCUCAUUAGUGGAUUGCUUUUACAAGUUUCUUCUGUUAAUACUGUGAAUUAUGGACACUGCUCUUUUUUAUAUUAUGCACUGAAAAUCUGGAACAGUUUACCUGAUCACAUCAAAUACUCUGAAUCUGUUUCCACUUUAAAGCAAUAUUUGAAAACUUUUCUUUUUAGAAAUAAUUUGCUGUACAUAAUUUAUUUAGAUUAAAUGUGCCAUAAAACCUAUUAUUAUUAUUAUUACAGGAGACGACUUGCAACGAUGAUUUUUAGCGCAACAUAGCGUUGCAUGAUUGUUGCAACAUUGUUUUGAAUGGUUACAACAUUGUUCCAACAUUGCAUCGCUGUGUUGUGCUAAAAAUCAUUGUUGAGAAUCGCCCUGUGUAACAUCACCUUAAUAGUUAUCAGCAUCAAAUUUCCUCUUGGAUUAAGGGUUAUUUACAGCUGUAUUUACUUCUUUAAGUUGCUUUUAGGCAGCCUGCAGAGGAACUUGUUAUUUGAUUAUAAAAUUUUUGGAAACAAUCUGAUUAUUUCUUUUCUGUCUAGAACUUUAAAAAAAUGAUUAUUUUUAUGCCAAUAAAUUAAUACAGCUAUUUCAUAUAAUUUUUUAGUGGUAUGCUCUUCUUAUAUUUGGUUUUUCAAUUGUUUUUUCUCUCUUUAGAAAGCAGGGAUGAAACAGAUACCCAGGUUUGUGCUUUUUACCGUUCAUGGCCAUUCAUGAGAUAUUGUGGAUAGUAAAUGUGCAAUCCACGCAUGUUACUUUGAAUUUAAAGAAUAAUCAUUGUAGGAUUGUGGUUGAUUAGUUUGUGUGAUUUGAUGUUCUAGAAUGAGUGGGGAGUUGAUUCAACGUACUUGGCAAAGUUAAAGGAACAGUACAAGAAAGAGAAGAAAAACAAAAAGAGCCCAAAAAGUAAGCAAGUUCAAGCAGUCAAUUGGCAGCAAAGUUAAAAGGAGUAACUUGAGAGAACCAAACAAGCUCAUCACUAUAAAUGAUAUCUUUGCACUUUCCUUUGAGUAAAAGACACAAGUACCAACUCAAGGCUUGAAUUGUCAAAAUACAGUACAGUGGUUUUUGUGAGAUUGUCCAUGAAAGCCUUAACUUCAUUUCAUUUUGUGGCUUACUGACAGAGUAGAAUUGCUAGAAAGGUCUCUUGCAGUGAGUUUAAUAUUAAUUUCCAUUUUUAUAAUCCCAUACACCCUGUAAAGCUGCCUAGCACAUGAAUCAAAUGGAUGAUGCAGGGCUCGAAAAAUGACUAAAUUGCAGCAUGUCCUUUUUGGGCAAGAAUUUCUGACAUUUUACUUGCCUGUGGCCACUUCUUGCACUUUGUUAAUGAUUUUUGUCAGAGGAUGACUUUCCUGGGCCCUUGCCCAUUAGGCAAGUGAGCAAGAAACAUUUCCUGCCCAGCAAGAAAAUCUACUUGUUCCCAACUACCCAGUGGGACUUUUUUCAAGUACUUAUAAUUUAUUAUUUUUUUCUUUAAUCAUAGGACCAACAAAGUCAGUGCUUCAGGCCAUGCUGGCAAAUCUAGAAGGAGAGGAUGAAAUGCCACAUUCUGCUCCUGCCCCUCCCAUCAUAAACAUUCCACCCCCAGUCAGACUAAGUGGCUCUCGUGCAACGUCAGAGAUUCCACCCAUAGUUAGUGUUUCAGUACCGAGUAGUUCGUCAGGUGCGGGCACAACCACAGUGGAUGAACCUUUUGAGAGUGCACUUGGUCUUGGUGAAUUGGCAAGUCUUACUGUGUCCAAUGAAGCUGAAGCACUCUCUUAUGAAGUAAGUGUCAAUGUUAUUUGUAUCCCACUAAAUCUUUAUUACAAUAAUUUACUUGAAACAGUUCUUCAAGCAGUGACGAUUUUUGUUACCAUGGCAAGUAAAAAUAAUAUUUGGCGACUAAACUUGCAGCAGAAGUCACCAUUUGGUCAGGUAUCAAACCAUAGUUCUCUUACUUGUUGUGAUUUCUAAAGCUAAACUGUGGUAAACAUUUGCAUUCAAUAUUGUUUAUGCUCCAUUUUCUUCUCUUUUACCAUGGUUGUCAAGGUUAAGCCUUGAGAUGCCAUUGUGCUCUUCCAAUUCUGUUGAAAUUGUUGGGCAGCCAUUUUGAUUAUUUAAAACCCUCAUGAAAUGUUGCACAAGGUGUCCUUUUCCCUCUGACUGGCAAUAUUUUGCAUCUAGCAACCAUUAAUUUUUAUACUUUUAGGUCACCUAAAGGCUGCUUUGAAAAAAGUUGAUCUUGGAGUUCUGAGACACUGUUUUAGUAUUCAUCAGGGAGCUUUAGCAACAAAUGUGGCGAUGGCGACAACCACUGCAAAAAAAGCAAUAGAUUUGAUAAGUAAAACAACAACUCAAAUUGAACAAGAUGGAAUAAGAAAGAAGAAGUUAAAAGCAGCACAAAUUCACUGUUUGUUUGACGUUUUGCUGCCGUUGCCAUUGUAAAUGCUAAAACUCCCUAUUACUAGCACAGUACUUAUACCCACAAUAAAACUGUACCAUCAGUUACCCAGUUGCACGUACAGCUGUACUCACAGGCAUGAUUUAUACUCUGUACAGUUAAUGAUGCAAUGAACUCAAAGAUAUUAGCAGCUAGUAGUUUAACAGGGUGUUCAUUAGGCGUCCGAGAUCGGAGAAUUUUCUGUUUACUGCACAGAAUUCUCCCACUAAUGUUUGGUAGCCUCUGACUACUUUUUAUUCAGACGUGGGGCCUGUUUCAAAAGUUACACCUUUCUCCUGCUACUGGAAUUCUUGAGGAAAACCCCGGUUUAAUAAGAAAAAAAUCAGGAGACACCAUAAUUGAUUGAUUAGGUUGGAGGGCUUGAAAUCUGUCCCAGAGCACCCAGUUCCAAUCUGAUCAUCACUAGCUAGAGUUGUUCUUACUGACUCUGAGUUCUACUCCUUAGACACCUUUUUUGUAUCAAAGCUACAAAUAGAAUUUCUUAUUAGAAAGUUUAAGUUCAAUGAGAGUUGUUGAGGUGCAGUGGUCAUGAUGUACAUGUAAUAUUAAACAUUGUUUUUCUUUAGGUGAGUGCUAAGGAAGAAUUUAGGAAGACAUGGAGCCCGAAGUACACAUUAAGAAGGUACCCAGAACUGAAAAGGUUUCCUGUAAAUAUAUAUUUUUUAAACUUCAAAACAGAGUUGCACAUACAGAUUUAAUCAUUCAAAGGAAGACAUGUUUCUUGAUUGCUCAGUUGUAUCAAGCCUGGUUCUUGUUAGCCACCUGCUUACAUUGGAUACCUGUGACGUAGCUGUUGGUCCUGCCUUGGAUACUGUCACAAAAGCCAUUACAAGUUGAUACUGCUGGCAUGCCUGCAAGGUUGUUUUAAUGGCUGGUAUGGCAACUUGAUUCGUCUUAUAUCGGAAUAGUAUCCUUGGCAAUAUGGGCAGUUAUGGAGGUAUUUUGGGUGUACCUUGAUGAGACUGCAAACCAGGCCUUACUCAGACAAAAUAAAUAGAAUUUGUGCUGAUCAAGUCAUAAUCCUUGGACAAGUUUUUCUGCUUCGUGCUCAUGAGCAAAAUAAAUAGCAUCAGUUUUUGCAUUUCCUGUAGCUGUGGUUUUUAUAGGACCUUUGUGGGACUUAUUGUUUUCUUCAUCCUUAUUUAUGUAUUUAUUACUUUGAUUGUAUAUUUGAAUUUAUUUUGCAGUCACUUUGACAGUAUAAGGUCUCUUUAUUUUCAUCCGACUGAAGCUGCUCUCAUAACGGCUUCAGAAGAUCACUCACUAAAAUUAUGGAAUCUUCAAAAGACUGUACCACAGAAAAAGUAAGAUUUUUAAAUUCUAUCAAUUUCUAUUUCAAAUAGUUAUUUAUUAGGCUGUGCCACAGACAAAACUUAACUCUGGUUAAGUCUGUCUGCAAAACAGUGCCAAAAUCCUUGUUCGGUUCUGGGCCUCCACCUGUGUACCAAGAUUUGAGUAAGCGCCGUGAUUGGCACAUUAAAAAUCCAUCGUCGAUUUACUAAUGAGGAGAAAAGGAAAUUCGAAACACACUCCUGGUGACUCCUUCAGUCCGUUUGGGGUCGAGAACAAGGAUCUUGGCGCUGCUUCGCAGACGUUACUAACCAAGGUCAGAUUACGUUUGCAACGCAGGCUAUUAUUUAUAUGAGUAAACUUGAACUCUGUGGCAGUAGUAGUUGUUAACUGGUUUCUAUUAACAUCUGUAAGUGACAUCAUUGUAAUUCCGUUACAUGUGGCAAAAAUUUCCCUGCAAAACACUGGUAUAGAGUGCAUUAUAAAACUAAAAAAUGCGUAUAGUACUCUUGGUUGACAACGUAGGGUAAAUGCACAUUACCUUUCUAUUGAUUCAUAGAAUACUUUAAACUUCGCAUCAAACUUCUCAACUAUUGUUCUCUUGGGAGUCGUGGUGAUACAGUCGGCUCUCUCUUAACAGACACCUCGGUAAAACGGACACCACGAGUUGUUCCCUUUCUUUCUUGCUCUCUAUAUUAAUUGCAGUUUGCAACAUGCAUAAGGCAGGCAUCACUCUACGAUGGUCCCAAAUGUGUCUGCCUCGAGAGAGUUGACUGUAGUAGAAGCCAGAACAGUAAUACAAUCAACUCUCACCUUCCGGACACCCUGCUAUAAUGGACAUCCUGAUAAAUCAGACAGCAGCUAAAUCCUAGGCGAAAACAUUUUGCAGACGUUUGACUGAAAUGGACUCCCGCUAUUGCGGACCCUUGCUAAUAAGGACACUAACUCAAGGUCCCUACAGUGUCCAGUAUACCGGGAGUUGACUGUACCAGGGUGCUGGUAAUGAUGAGAAUAAAAGUACACUGCUCCUUUGCUACUCUGUAUGGUUCAGGGCCGGGUUGUUCAAAGCAGGGUUAAGUCAACCCAGAAAUUUGAUUUCAUAUUAUAUGAAAGCUUGAGAAGCAAAUUCAGUUGUAUUCUUUUUGCCUGCAAUUGAUGAUGGGAUGCUCUAAAAAGAAGAGAGAAAAUUAUCCGGGAAAACGCUUUUGAACAAAAGAAAAAGAAACCUGGGUUAAAAUUUAACCCUAGGUUAGCACUAAUCGGCCUUCCAACAACUGGGCCCUGAAUGAUAUCAGCUGUGGAAGUACUUUGCCCUAUGUAUGCAUAUAUGUCACAGAAUACAUACAUGUAGUGAUGUUUCCCUGUCUUUUCAAAUUUACAGGAGCAAUAUUUUAGAUGUUGAGCCAAUCUACACUUUCAGAGGACAUAGGUAACUUCAAGAGAAAUCACUUAUUCACUUCAUCGUAUUCUUCGUUACGGAGCUAAAGUAACCGUAAGGGUAGUGGCGAUUGGAAUGUCAAAAAGCGUUGUGCGUUUUAUAUGCAAAAUAGCUUCUCACAAUGAUACGAAUGUUUUAUUUGUAAUGAAACAAUUUUUGGAGGACUUAAACAUUAUUCCACCACAAAUGUUUCUCGAAAAAUUUAGUCCAAGAGGAAUUUCCCAAUGCUUUACAAACUGAGAAAGUCAGAAGGUUAAAAUAACAUAAAUGCAUGCUUAUAACUGACGUUUUUGUUGCUGUUACCGUUACGGUUAGGCUCGCUAUAACGACGGCUUGUUUUACAUGUAUGUGCCUUCACGAAAACUGUGUGGGUUGUGGCAGUGGGGGAGUGAAAAGAAAAAACAUCCCUACUUAUCAACUGAAGUGAUUGGCCAUUGUUAGUCAUUGAGGUAUUUUAUGUUGAGAGUGAUUUGUACUUUACAGCCAUCAGAAGAGACACGUGUGCUUCAUUUUAUUAAUCACGAAAGAAUUUUCAGGGAGACUGGGUGCUAGUAGCACAUGAUUUCCGGGACUGAGUAUCAGCUUUAGUAACGUUUACCCUGUAUCAGGCUCUCAGAUAGUACCUGGACGUUGUGAAAACAUGCCCCCGCGCGUUUUUCACGUCAGUUGACAUAACUAUGUUGGAGCCUGGAAAAGACUAAGCUUUUUGUGGUAGCCUAGGCAAUCCCAGAAAUCUCAUCACCAGGUGUUGCUUAGCUCACUGCAGGGAUGAAUUAGUGAAACCAUGGCAAAGUGAAAUACAAGAAUAAAAUUUCCAAAGUGUAAACUAUGGUUUAAAAAGCGUAUAGUGAGGUUCUGGGGGGCUGGACCAAUACUCAGGUCUUUGGUUUUGCCCUGCAAACUGCUAGAACUUCGCGUGGCUCGGAUGACAUCGUAGAAUGGCGGUCCCGUCUCCAGUGAAGUCCUCAAUCAGUACUUUAGCACAAAAUACAUUGACACUCAUUUUUUUCCGUUUCCCAGUGCACCUGUUCUAUCUGUUGUAAUAAAUUCCACAAGUGAGAUGUGUUUCAGCGGCAGCGCUGACUCAACAAUUAUCUGUUGGAGUAUCCCGUCUCUUGAUAUCGAUCCUUAUGGACCUUACCGUAAGUUUUCAAAGUACAGUAUUUAUUUAGUUAUUUCCGUUAUUAUUUCUUUCCUUUCUUUUUUGGCAUUUUAUUAGGUUAAACAUGUCAUGUAUUUCAACCUUUGGCAUAGACUACGAGCAGUCUCUGUUUUUUCUUAGUCCGUCAAGCAAAACGCCCGAGACACGCAGAUGACCACCCGCGUGACUGAAGGCGCGAGACGGGAGAGGCACGGGCUGUCGCCUUCGUUUCUUCGCCGCUCAACGCUCGCGCGCGCGUGCACUCCCCUUACUAAAUCUGAAGAAAAAGAGACUGCUCGCAGUCUACCUUUGGCAAAAAAGUUGGUGGGGCACUUAAUGGAGGGGUGGGGGGGAGGUCACUAACGUCAAUUUUUUUCUUGACAAACUGAAAUAAUGAGUUAGUAAAACAUAUGGCAGGCACGUAGAGAAAGAGAAGUGGAACUGAUUUAAUGUAGUGAAACUGUUCUGGGUUCUGCUUUCAUGCGUCUCGUGUAAUCAACGUUUGGAAAAAUCUGGAUAAAAAAUCAGACGACUUCCUUGCAAUAUCCACGAUAUCCUUACUAUGUAUUAAUUCAGUCAGAAAUUUUAAUUGAGUGUGUCCCAACAUUUUAGGGUCAAAUGUAUUCAAAAUAUUGAGGGGAGAUCGGGGGCGCUUAUUUCAUUGGGCACAUUUCCUAGUUUGGCCAAUGGGUGGAGGAUUCAUGAUGGGUGAAACUUGCGUGUCUUGUUUGUUUAAAGGAAGCGGAAGUGUAUAUAAUUGACAAUAAUAAUGUGGAAUUUAUUCAUUUCCAGAUUCUGAAAAUAUGAGUGCCAUCCUUGUUGCACACACCGAUGCAGUAUGGGACCUAGCAGUGCAGACAGGUUCGCUGCAGUUACUCUCUGCUUCAGCAGAUGGAACCUGCAAGCUUUGGAGUCCCACGCUAAAAUCACCUUUAUUAAACAGCUAUGUCCCUGGACAAAGUAAGUGGUGUCUCUAUUGGUCAGCUCUCACUUCGUUUCAAUUACCUCGCCGUAAGAUUUCAUGACUAUCUAAAAUGUUACCGUCAGAUUAUAUGGUAACCAAAUGAUAUGGUAUUUUUUUCUAAUAUGCAAAAAACUUGUCGUCAAACCAUAAUAAAGAACUAGUCUAUCGCUUUCAUACUUAGCUUUAGGAAUGGUAAUUGCUUUGAAUUGGUUGUGCACAUCAAAGCAUUUCGUCUUGUCCCCCGUGUGUCUAGUCGCAAUUUAUGCAACGUAUUGAACAGUACCAUGGGAAGGUAUAUUUCUCGUUAGCUUAUGUUUGGGCGAUCAAACUACCAAGUUUAAAACUUUCUACUGCCUAGUACAACAUAAUAAACAGUAUCGGAAAUUCGAUAAAUACGUAUCGGGAUUUCGUCCACCGACUAAAAAGUUAGAACCACCUUGCACAGCAGGAGGCUAACUGUCUUUUGAUUGGUUUAACCAUUGAUUCCAUGUUUUCUACUCCUCAAUAGCUGAUGGCGUUCCCACAUCAAUCGACUUUAUUCGCACUGAGACGUCUCAGAUGGUUGCUGCGUACUCAUCUGCUCAGUGUAUUAUUUAUGAUCUGGAAACUGCUGCUCCGGUAGUAUCAUUCGACAGCGCAAAAACAUACAGUAAGUUAAUAGUGUGCUUUAGUUUCACUGCAAUUUUGUUGUUAGUUCAACAUAGUCCAAUGUUGGAAGGGCUAAAAUCAACCUCGCAUGAGUUAGGAUCGAAAUGUCCUAAUUGAUAAUAUGCUUUAGUUUCACUACGAGCUUAUUGUUAGUUCAACAUAGUCCAAUGUUGGAAGGGCUAGGAAACUUUCUAGCGUGAGAUAGGAUAGCCUGUGAGCAAGGUCUCCUAUUUGGGCGUUCGAAACGAGCCGCGAGGGGCCGCGAAAAGGCUUUCGCGUGCCUCUCGCGCGUCUACUUUUCACGAUAGGAGACGUCUGCAGGCAGGCAGUAAUUACUACAGCAGGGGUAAUCGACAAACGGCAUCUGACGAAGACCAGCAGAAAACAGUCAAAACGUUGCGUUCAACGAUUAAAAAAAGUUUUAAGCGACUAUCGUGAGACAAACGAUAAACGGAGCUUAUCAUUCGCAAAUAGUUUUGAUAAUGUUCCUGCAAAAAUCACCUAAAAAUCAUCAUGGUUAUUGUUACAUGUACCUGGUGAAGUUUGUUUAUAUCUUCAUAACUCUACAGGAGUACCCAUUGUCCAGUUCUGGCCCCUCUCUCUCUGUCACGCAACGCUAGGAGAGAGGGACCAUCUCUCCCGACGUUGCGUGACAGAGAGAAGGGGGCCAGAACUGAAUUAGAGUACCCGGUAUUUUGUGAACGAUGGGUAAAAGCACUAAGUAAUGACUCCAGCACAGAACUAACCUGAAAACAACAAUAUCUUCUCGUGACAUAGCCCCUUUAAGACGUGUGACUGACGUUGUUUUUUUGAAGUGCAGUGCGGUGUAAAGGAAUAAUGGGCAGGAGUAGCUCCUCAGCACGCUCUGGAUGUUUCAUUAGGGUGCUUAAGCAGCAACUUUUUUGAGCGACGCACGUCAACCGGAAGUGAGCUUUCUUCUCUCUUAAUAUGCCUUGACACGGCCAAAUUUGUAUUGCUAAGUGUCUUUACUCUUAUAGAGACGAUUUACCCAAGAAUUUGCUCAAAAUUACGGCUCAAGUGUGCAAAAAGUCUACUUCCGGUUGACCUGCGUUGCUUAAAAACGUCUAUUAGAGACCUUUACAUGUAGAUUCGAGGACGAGAACGACUACGAGUACGAGAUUUGACUUGAAGUUUUUUCGCGUAUUCUCAAAGUAUAAACCUCCCGGAAAGCUUCAUUUUACCAUUUUUCACUAGAAAAGUUUGCACUGUUAUCGUUAGUGAAGGAGGUUACACCCUCUCCCGAUCGCAAAAUGAUAAAACUCUAACAUUUGAUAACUUCUCUUCGCCACCACGACAUUCGCGCUAAAACUUGUAGUAGAAUGACGACAGCUACCACAUUUUGCGGCAAAAAAUAACGGUGGUUCUCGCGCGAGCGCUACGUAGUAAUGAGAAAAACUUGUACUCGUAGUCGUACUCGUCUUAGAAUCUAAAGCUCUCUCCUUUCUUAUAAAAAGAGCAGGUUCUUAUCCUAAUAUUUGAAACUUAGAACCGCCUCCAGUUAUUUAGUUAACAUUACACUCGUUAGUAAAUAAGCUAUUUUCUAGUUGCCCCAAGCGAGGUUAAGUGCGAAGCUAUUGAUGUGAAAGUGACUUUUUAUUCUCGUACAAAUAAAACAAAUUUUCACAAGAAAGGUUUUGCGCUUAGCCUCGUUUUGGAGGUGAGAGCUUUUGGAACUCGGAAAUGGGCUAUUACUAUCACUGCCUUUUUUACUCACAGAUAAUUCACCGUCAACUCAAAUCAACAAAGUAGUCAGCCACCCCACCCUCCCCCUCACAGUCACUGCACAUGAGGACAGACAUAUACGCUUUUUCGAUAACAAUUCUGGUAAGUAUAAACAAAAUCAUACAAGCUGGUUGGUUCUAUUGUUGAAUUCCGAUGUGUAAUCAAAUGAAAAGUGUAAAAGGAAAGUAAUUCGUGCUUUUUAAAAUUUUUGGCAAAACGCAAGUGAAAUUAUCUCCUACUUUCUUGAGUAUACCAUAUAAUUACCAAUCACUUGUCUUUCAUGGGUGACAAAUUACUCUCAAUGCCUGGCUGUUUGACUUGUUCCAGUAUCGAGAACUAAAAGCAUUGAAUAUAUUAAAGCAUGCAUGUCGGCUAAAAUAGACCCUUUUUACUUGUAUGUUCCGUUUAUUCACGUGCCCGAACAAAACGUGGGCUGAAUUGGGAAAACAUCAUACAAGCUAAGAAAAGGUCUUUCACCAUUUCUUUUUCUAAUUCUUCGACAGAAGUGUCCCCGGGAAUCCUUGCUGUUUAUAAUUGUGCUCUCUUGAAACUGCCCUAGUUACAUAUUUUUCCGCGUUUGACACUGGGUACACGUUUUAUUCAGACAUUGAAUUAAAAUGCAUUCUUUCACGACUGAAUUGAAUAUAUGACAAUAAUCUCCUCUGCCCCCACAGGUAAACAGGUCCACACCAUGGUAGCUCAUCUGGACGCAGUCACGAGUCUGGCAGUGGAUCCCAAUGGCCUCUACCUCCUCUCAGGAAGUAUGAUGAAUAUAAGAUUUCAUAGUGUUCAACUGAGCAUCUAUAGGGUAUUUUAUUAUUAGUAUUAUUUCUUCCGGGUCCCUUAAAAAUAGAGCGUUGUACUCAUGGGACGGGUGACUAUUUUAGUCAACUGGAACAACAACAACAGGUGUGUACAUAAAAAAGAGAAUUUCCAAUUAACUGGCCUCAAGCCAGAAUGGACGCCAUUUUAUUGCUUUAGGUGCAUCAACAUGUAAUGGACCAUGUGAUGUCAUGCAAAAACGCAUUACGUUGUCAUGCUUGUACCCAGAUUCCUCAAGCUUUUUGGUCAACGGGUGAUCUCGGGGGUAGUUAAACUCUUAGGAAACGCGGUCGAGUGAUAAACCUGUGGCAGGUAUUUUUUUAGUAGUAAGACCGCAUUGAAAUGUCAGGCCAAUUCAAUCAUUUGAUAAGCAAUUAUUGGAUGGUAACCGGAAUAUAGAUCAAGGUCGAGGCAAGUGAUAAUACUCACCAAGUCCGUGGUUAUUCCCUAUGUCACAAAAAUGGAAUUGUUUUAUUAUACAUUGUUGCUCUUAGACGAUGAAAAAGCGAGAUGGUUAGUACAGUGUAUAGUAUUUAACGACACACUUUUGUUUUUUUAAGGCCACGAUUGUUCUAUUCGUCUAUGGAAUCUGGACAGCAAAACAUGCGUCCAAGAAAUAACUUCACAUCGGAAGAAAUUUGAUGAAGCCAUAUAUGACGUUGCUUUCCAUCCUAAUCGACCGUACAUUGCUAGCGCUGGCGCCGAUGGGUUGGCUAAGGUCUUUGUUUGACCAGCAUUUGACAUGCGCGAAAUUGGCUCGUCGCACGUUAACAUCAUGAGGUUUUCGCCUACAGCAGCGCGGAGAGGUGCUAUUGAAUUGAUUCUGGGGAAAUUUUGGUACCGUAAUAUGACGUGACCUGCGGAAGCACUGGCUGAAAAUGUGCGUCACGCAAGUCACGCAAAUGGUUCACAAGGUGAUACCAGAAAAUUUGACACUAAAUAGAUUCCUCUCGGUAUAACGACAUAAAAGACAUCGUGACUCACUCAAGUAUAGUAGCUUAUGGCAGUCUAGUGGAAGGUUUUACUGCUUGAGAGGUGUAAAAGGUCAUAUUUUUUUUUUACAGUCUUGGGGAAAAAGACACCUUAAGGUUUGAAGGUUUGAAAUUUUGACAUACCUAUUCACUACGUGGCUUACAGGGGAACAUGAUGCAUUUGUGGUCUGUCGUUCUCACAAUCAUCUCUUCGUAUUCGACCGCGUCCCUGUUUCCGACUGUAUGACGUUAAUAAUCUUGCCACGCCUUUUCUGGUCGAGAGGAGGGAAAGAGACCAGUGAAGGACCAGUGACUGCAGAUGUGAUAUGUAGCGACUGCAAAGAACGCUUGUAUUACUAAAUCAUCGCAGUAACUUACCCAGUACGUAGUAAUUCCUGAUUAGAUGAUUGGCGUUUAAGACGCAGGAACACUCGCAAACACUUCUGGUAACCCUGGAGGGGUAGGUGGGCAGUUUCCUAGAAACGUAUAAUGAUCCAAAUGUUGUCCAAGGGAAGGGUGUUUCGUGUAAACAGCCACAGAACGGAAAGCCGGGAAAGGCCAAAGGGAGAACUCUGGUGUGGUAUAUCAAAAAGCGGGAGAUGAACUGUUUCACUUUUCCAGUGAAAGGAAGUGAAAGGGAUUUUGGACUGGAUGUGAUUCAGACAACUGGACCAUUUCUUUGUUUAAAUAUAAAGCCAGGCUACAAAAUUCAAAAUAGUCCAUACUUUGACUGUUCAAUCAUGUGUAUUUUUCCCCGCCGCCCUCGUCUAGUCUGGUUAACAUCCCAUUACGGAAGAACAAGUUUACUUGAGUCGUAGCCUGACACCUUUAGACUUCAAUGCUUCAUCAGUCAAAGCAACACGUGGCUAGUAGUGUUGUUAAGGGCCCAUUCACACUAAACACGGUAUUAAAUUGCGUUUCACAGAUAAGCUGGCCAUCCCUUCUUCAAGGAAUGCACAAUUUAAGUUUGCGUUUACUCCGUAGCGUCAUUGUUGACCUUUUGGUUAUCAAUACAAACAAUUUAACCUAUUCGCCACUUAGAAACGAGAAGAAACUGGGCCGAGUUAGCUUUCGCAAGGACUUGUGGGAUCUGACUGUGAACGCGCUGGUCAGGUUUUAGGGAGUUGAAGAUCCAACGAGGCGACGGCAACGAGAACUUCGCUUAAAAGUGAAUUUGCGUUCCUUCAGUGUUUAUAGCGAUUAUUCUUACCCACUUACUUUGUCAAAGGUAGGCGAACCCUCCUGAAGCUGAAUUUCAAGGGACCAAAUCCAAGCUCAGAAAGAGAAAUAAAAUUUCGUCGUUGCUUGUUUACGUCCUCCAUAAAACGCAAUAUUAGGCAUUUUAACGUCGUAGUCGUGCAAUAACAGGAAAGAAAUGUAGAAAAAAGCGUGAUACACGUGCGAAGUUGUUGUUUUGCUUAUGAAACUAAUUGUUUUUUUGACGUUCUCGUUGCCCUCCGCGUCGUUGGAUCUUAAAGUCCCUAUUAGGAAAAAACAACGACGGCGACGGCCACGAAAACGUCACUAAAAAGUGAAUUCUCGCUAGUUCAAACUUUAUCGGGCUUAUUCCAUCUCGGUCAAUUCGUCAAAUGCUGGCAAAUUUUCUAGAAUUGAAUUCAAAACGACUGUAUCAAAGUUCAGGAAAAGAAAAAGAAAGUCGUUGCUUUGUGUUCACGUCCUCGACAAAACUUGAAAUUAGGCACUUGCACGUUGUGGUCUUGCUGCGACGGCAAGGAAUUGUGCAAAAAAGUGUGAUGCACGUGCAAAGUUGUAGUUUUGCCAAUCUAAACCUAUUGCUUUAUUGCCGUUCUCGUUGCCGUCGGCGUCGAUGUUGCUUAAGCUUGUCUUCCCCG